AAACGAGUCAGGGUGGGCGUGUGUGAGACUGUGGACCAGCGCUAUGACCUACAAGGAUGAUGAUAAGCACAUAUAUCAACACAAGAUCUCGGAAUGACUGACACUCCGCCGAUAUGUGACCCAGAUGUGAACGUUGUGGCAGGAGUGAUGACGGAUGUGGCGGCGUAUGACAUCAUUGGGGCGGACUUUGAAACUGGUCAUGUUAACUACACUGAAGGACAGAAUUUCACCAUCAACGGCACGAAGUCAGAACGGAAUGUCGAUUUAUCUCUCCCACCAUACGUCAUUCUGUCCAUCGUCCUAAGUGUUUUCUCUUUGCUGCUAAACAUACUCUCGGUAGUCGCCAUUUUAAAUGUACCGGGAAAGAUAAGUACGCAACUACGUCUUGCUGCCAGUUUAACAAUGGCAGAUGUCGUUGUUGCAUUCAGUGUUCUCCUGCAUACGGUUUUGAGGACGUUUUCACGACCCACUUAUCUAGCCUCCUCAAUACCCGAGGAUCGACUCGUCUCGUCUUGUACACUAGUCUUCAACUUUGCUCUUAAUGUGUCCGGUCAUCUCGUGUGUUUGUUUAACUUGGUGGCUAUGGGUCUGGACCACUAUAUCGCUGUAUGUAAGCCUCUUCGUUACGCCAGCAUCGUCACAAAUCGUCGCACUGGCUAUUUGAUACUUUUCUGUUGGCUUCUGGCAUCAUUUGGCGGAUAUUCAAUGUUCUUCUCCGGGCUCAGCACGUACGAUAAAGCGCUGCCUUUUUUCAAUUACUGCGACGCAGUCAUGCACAACGAUUACCAUUCAGAAUAUUUAGUAUUCGCUGUGGCUUCUGUCAGCAUCUUCGUUUUAUUGUUUACAUAUGUUUCCGUAUUUUGCGAAGUUCAGAGGAUUAAAAAACGAGGUGUUUACAACGAUAGGGACAAGAACAACUGGAAAACCUUUUGGACGACGUUGUUAAUCCUGUGCACCUUCAUCCUCUGCUGGAUGCCUUCUUGUCUCUUUCAAGUGACCCUCGUGAUUCUCGUUAAGCGGGACCCCAAUACGGUUCGGUUAUACUUUCCUAGAUUAAUCCGAACGGGGCAGUACUUGUACUGCCUGAUGCUAUGUAACUGUCUAGCAGACCCCAUCAUCUAUGCCAUUCGAGUGCGAGACGUUCAGAUGGGGUACCGAAUGAUGUAUUUCAAACUCGCUAUCGCGUUACGCAAAAAGUGUGGCCGCGAGGAGGAAAUGGAGACUCUCUCGGUGACCUACAGGGUUCGAUCCAGAUGUUCCCAGCAGUUUUUCUUCCCGUCCUUACUGAAUGUGCGGGGAAAUAGAAAAUCUUCCUUGUCCACCCACGUGGCAGAGGAUCAUGAGGAAAGAAUAACUUUUUUCUCGCGUCUGAGAGGAAAUUUGACUGCGGUUAAUGAUAAAAAAUUUCGUCCAUGACUAAGUUGCACAUUUUGAUUUCUAUGUAUUUAUGGAUUUCACAAUGGUAAGGUGUUUUGAGGUUUAGUUGGAACGAAGGAUGAUGUCCUUCUGGAGUUAUGUAAAUUUCAGUAGGAUUCAGUUGCCUCCCAAAAAUGCACUUCUUGGGGGCGGGGGUCGAAAAUCGAGGUCAUUUACGGUAGGAUAUGGUGCAAUGCUUGACUGUGAUGCUAUCGCCAUGAAUUUUGGGACAUUUUCAGAUGUGACCUGAUUGUUAGAAUCGCUAUGUAACUGUUACUCUGUAGGGCUAGAUGAGAUUAACUUGGUUAUAUUUAUUAUCUACGUUAAAUGUACGAAUACUGCAAACAUCUCAUAUCUAAACCUCCCUUUAUAUGAAAACAGGGCUUUCAGAAUUGUUGUGCAACGGUGUAUAUUUGGCAGUCAUCACUGAGGACUAUGCCUGAUGCAAGAACAGAUCUCAAUCCGACGCAGUUCACAAUUUUAUCCGGCUCGGUGUGAACCGGUUAAUAGACAUAGGUGACAUCGUAGAUGACAUUGAAUCUAAGAAAGAUCUUAUCCGAUAAAUUACUUCAGAAUCACGUAUCAUGGUUUAUUUGUCUAAAAUGAUGCGGACAAGCUGACGGGACAAGCUGCAAACAGUAUAGGUGUAUUUUUUUAUUUUCACAAAUAUGAUUAACACGUGUUUUUUCCCCCUUGAAAAUUUGUCAACCUGCGGAUGGUCGUGGGUUUCCCCCGGGCUCUGCCCGGUUACCUCCGACCAUAAUGCUGGCCGCCGUCUUAUAAGUGAAAUAUUCUUGAGUACGGCGUAAAACAGCAAUCAAAUAAAUAAAUGAAAUUUUGUCUUUUCUCAAUUGCUCAUUUGCAUGAUACUGCUAUACAAGUUCUUUAAAUGUUUAAUUUGUCAUCGUAUUUGUUGUGAAUUACUUAUGUUCAUUGGGGUACUCGAUAAAGUAAUUUUCCAGUCAUGUUUGUUACCCUUUUAUCCUCUUUAAAGUGCAGCGUUGUUGUUGUUAAACUUACGUUUUGAACGUUGCUAGUAAACUAAUGCCCCUGGACUAGAACUUAAAUUAUUUUGUACUACUUACCUUCUCUACUUCGUACAUGUGUGGCAAGUCCAUUCAAUGCUGACAAUAACAACGAAUGCGGCAUUGUCCUCCCAACAUGUCGUAUGUCAGCGCCAUUUUUUUGUUUUUACUGUGAAAUCAGUGUUAUGGAUUAGUGUGGCAAAAUCUGUUUAAAACAUUGUUUCUGAGUAAAUACUUGCUCCUUUGUGACAUUUCAUACAUCUUGAACAAUAUUAAUUUACAUUUCGCUCUGAGACAAGGGUUUAUUAUACUUAACUUGAUUAUUGGAGCGGACUAGUUUGUAUGAUCUUCAUGCACACGUUGGUUGCUACACUAUUUUCUGCCACAUACCCCCUUUGUGUAAAUCAACAUCAAAAUCGUAUUUAUCGACCUGGUCUUGAAUGAAAAUAGUUACAGGUAAGGAGUAAAGUGAAUGCAUUUGUAAGCUUGUAGCAUUUGGGGAUUUAGAUACUGUUGUAAGUCAGACCCAUUGACAAAAGCUCGCUUUGGGUCCGUCAUUAUGCCAGUUUUACCGAAUCAGCUACAGUAGUAACGCGUGCUUUUAUAUUGUUUCUUACUGAGCAAAUGAAAUAUUUUAGGGCCUGAAAGCUGGGGGAAAAAACUCUUUCCCCCAACUCUUUCUUUUAAUUAUUUUUAAAUAAAUUAUCAAAGCUGACAGGUUGUGCUGUCCAAUGCGAGCUGCUUACAAUAAACCAUGUAAGGGACUUUUACCAUGAAUGUUCCUACAUCAUAAUACAGCAUUAUUAAAGUUUACAAUGGCAUUUUUGGUGUGUAAGGAUUCCUAUACACAUAGCCAUUUCCUUCCACGGCACAGAGUGUCAUUUAUUCUGUUACUGUUACAUUAUAACUGUAAUAAGUGCCGGAGCAUAUACAUGACGUGUGGCAUGUGGUUUGGUUAGUUUAAACUGUCUAUUAAACAUCUGGGAUUUUAUCGUGGAACUGUCACUG